AUGCGUCAUGUAGCAGCACCAACAAAGCAUUUUACCUAUCCACUACAGUCUUCCACCGCACUUGCAUCUAUCAUACUCAUCAAGAAUGCAUUCACAAUCAUCACACUGCUCUUUCAUCGCUUUACUCUAUGGGUCAAAAACCUAGGGAAUGUUCACACAGCUCCACAACUUUUCAAGAAUUCUCUAGAUUAUGAACCCCAACCGAAUCUAGUAGUGGAAAGUGGUAUUCAACCUUCGCUAUUUAAUACUUGCCAUCAUCAAAUAGUCUAUGCAAAUGUUUCCUUCAAAGCACCGUUACCCCCCACAUAUGAAAGGGAAGUUUGGCACUAUAAUCGUGCUCAAAUCCACCUCAUUGAAAGAAGCAUCGAGAACUUUGACUGGGUCAGAGCAGAAAAACAAGAUGAUGAAGUAAACUUAAGGGGAAAUACAGAUUUUGUUUCCGAACUAAUUACAGACACAAAGUCCUCCUACUUUAAAAACCUUGGUGAAAAGCUAAACGACCCAUUGAUUGGUACCAAGACUUACUGGUCUAUCCUAAAACGUCGUAUGAAUAAGGUCAAAAUACCUACAGUUCCUUCUCUUCUUGUGGACAAUAUUUUUGUGACUGAUUUUAAGGAAAAAGCUGGCAUUUUUAAUGUGUUUUUUGCUGACCAAUGUAACAUCCUAGUUAAUGGAAGUACUAUCCCUGACAUUAAUCUCAAGACUGAUAGGCGCAUAAGUAGUAUUACUUUUUCAUCCUCUGAUUUGUCAAAAAUCAUAAAGGAUUUAAACCCAAAUAAAGCACAUGGGCAUGACAAUAUUUCUAUUAAGAUGAUACAAAUGUGUGGUAAUUCUAUAAUAUUUCCCUUGAAAUUGCUCUUUGAAGCAGGAAUAAAAUCUGGCUGUCUUCCUGAUACUUGGAAAAGAGGAAACAUCAUCCUUAUCCACAAGAAGGGAAAGAAAAACAUUGUUAAGAACUACAGACCAAUUUCACUUUUACCAAUUUUUAGCAAAAUAUUUGAAAAAAUAAUCCACAACAGUUUAUUCAGAUAUUUUCAGGAGAAUAAGCUUUUGUCUGAUCAGCAAUCUGGUUUUCGUAGAGGUGAUUCCUGCACUUCCCAGUUACUUGCCAUCACUCAUGAAUUAUACAAAUCUUUUGAUUGCAAUCCUUCUCUUGAAACUAGAGGUGUAUUUCUUGACCUAUUCAAGGCUUUUGAUAAAUGGAUAUUUUCACGGCCUUUAUCCACUAGAAUUAAUGAUUUUCCUGAAAACAUUGUAUCUGUAUCCAAACUGUUUGCUGAUGACACAUCUAUAUUUUCUACUGUUUAUGACAUUACAAAGUCUAGCAUAGACCUAAAUAAUGAUCUUUCUACUGUUAAAAAGUGGGUUUUUCAAUGGAAGAUGGCUUUCAACCCUGAUCCUAGCAAACAAGCUACAGAGAAACAUCUUGGAUUAAUUCUUGAUAAUAAACGUAGUUUUGAUCACCAUUUGAGAAGAUAUGUAAGGCUAACAAAGUCAUUAUUGUGUAUUUAUAAGUCAUUUAUUAGACCACAUCUUGAUUACGCAGAUGUAAUAUAUGACCAGCCACAUAACGACAGUUUCUGCAAUAAGAUAGAAUCUGUCCAAUACAAUGCUGCUCUUGCUAUCACUAAAGCUAUCAGAGGUACUACUCGCAAGCGUCUAUAUGAAGAACCUGGUCUUGAGAGCCUUACCGACAGGCGUUGGUAUCACAGACUUGCUUUCUUUUUUAAUAUUGUAUCAGGUACCUCACCUGGCUAUCUAGGUUCAUUCCCUUGA